AGAAUGCCUGUCGUUACGAAGCGGAAGAUUUACCACGCGCUCGCCGUGUGCUACAGGCAGUUGAGCGCGCCGCCGCCCAGCUAUUGGCACCAGCCGAGCGCAGAGCCGCUCCUGGCGAUCACCGUGGGCCAGCUGGUGGACAGCGCCGCCGACCGCUUCGGCUCCCGGGAGGCGCUCGUCUCCUGCCACCAGGGCGUGCGGCUCACCUUCAGCGAGGUCAAGCGCCGGGUGGACCGCCUGGCGGCCGGGCUGCUGGACGCCGGGCUGCGGCGCGGGGACCGUCUGGCGCUGUGGGGCGGCAACUCGGCCGAGUGGUACCUGGCCGCGCUGGCCGCCGGCCGCGCCGGCAUGGUGCUCGUCUGCGCCAACCCCGCCUACGAGGUCGCCGAGUUCCGCUACUGCCUCAACAAGGUGCGUGCCCUCGCCGUCCGCCCCCUGUCCACCGCUCACAUUCACCCGACGCUGCCCAGCCCACGCGACACAGUGGGGGCCCGCGGCGUGGUGGCGGCGGAGGCGUGCUACCCCAAGGUGCUGCGGAUGGCGCCGCAGCUGCCUCACAGCCCGCCGGCCGACCUGCAGUGCGCCGACGUGCCCGACCUCGCCACCGUCGUCUUCAUGGAGGGCGAGCGCAAACGAGGAGCCUUCCAACUGAGAGAGCUGAUGGACUCCGCGACGAGGGGCUCCCUGGGUGUGAUCACCAACCAGCAGCUCUCCAUACAGCCAGACGACGGCUGCAACAUCCUCUUCACCUCCGGAACGACGGCGAAACCAAAAGCAGCCAUCUUGACUCACCACAAUAUAAUCAACAAUUCUUACUUCGUUGGAAAACGCAUGCAGUUCGACGAAAAGCACCACCGUAUCUGCCUGCAAGUGCCACUGUUCCACUGCUAUGGCUUCUGCAGUGGAGUGUUGGCAGCCCUGCACCAUGGCGCCACAGUCGUUCUGCCAUCGCUGUAUUUCAACACUAAGGCUUCCCUAGACGCUAUCGAGAAAGAAAAGUGCACCGUGGUAUAUGGCACACCUACCAUGUACGUUGACCUGGUCGCCGAGCGAGACUUCGAGGAUCGCCGGUUCGAGACCCUGGAGACCGCGGUUAGCAGCGGCUCACCCAUCUCCCAUCCGCUGUUCCUCGAGCUGAAGCGCAAGUUCGGCGUCCGGAAAGUUGGCUCUCUGUACGGUCUGACGGAGACGAGCCCUGUGGUCUUCCAGUCUCAGCCAACCGACUCGGAGGAUCAGAUGCUCAACACCGUGGGAGCUGUCUCGCAACACGUCGAGGUGAAGGUGGUGGACGAGCAGCGCAAAGUGGUGCCCAUGGGGACGGUGGGCGAGCUGUGUGUGCGUGGCUACGUCACCGUGGCGCGCUACUGGUCGGACGAGGAGAGCACGCGCAGACUCUACUACCGCGAGCGCUGGCUCCGCACAGGGGACCUGUUCAUCAUGAGGGAAGAUGGCUACGGAAAGCUCGUUGGACACCUGAGAGAUCGCAUUAUCCGAGACGGCGAAAACAUUUUCCCGAAAGAGAUCCAGGAAUUACUUGAGACACAUCCGGACAUACUGGAGACUCAGGUCUUUGGGGUUCCACACGAGAGAUGGGGACAACAGAUAUGCGCUUGCAUUCGACUGAAGAGGGGCUCCACUUUGACAUCUGAUGCAGUACGAGAGUUUGCGAGUGGUAAAAUUUCAGACUUCAAGAUACCAUCCAUAAUAGAAAUAGUGGAUGAACUACCGAGAAAUCCUUCAGGAAAAAUCCAGAUACUGCAGCUGCGGGAAGCAGUGAUGGAAAAGUAUGGAAUAAAAGAUGUAGCAAUAUAUGGAUGGUGAAUGAGAAUGAUCACAUUAUUUGCUUGUGAAGUGUAUGUUCUAAUUUGUAUAAACGGAACGUUAAAAUGAGAUUAAUUGUUCCAUGUGUUAAACAGUAAGACAUCAUAUUUCAUGAUUAUUGGCCUGUUGAAAAUAAGUUCGCUUUAUUAAAUGUUAUUUAUGGAAGAGACACGGAGUAAUUUAAAGAUAUUCAUUUUAACAGAUUCACCAAACCACCGCUAAUUACAUAUUUAUAUUGUUGAGUAAAUAGUUAUGUGUUGUCCAGAACAUCUGCAGUUUGUGACAAGAGGUAGCUCUCUUUGAACGCAUGAA